UCAAAAUGGCUGCGUCCAUCUGCGAGUGGGUAUUGUGAAUUUUCUCACGAUACUUAUAUAUAUAUAUAUAUAUAUAUAUAUAUAUAUUAUAUAUUAUAUAUUUGACGGAAGUUUGCAUUAGCGUUAUGAAUCUCAUUAUCUCCGGUAACUUAUUUCAUCAAACCUGAACGUUCGGUAUCUUUUAAGUUGCAUGUUUGUCUUCACAAUUUAUAGUAAAUUCAAUUUGACAGUGCCACCAACCGGUUGUAGGUCACUUUUGAACGAAUCGUGAUGGUGGAGACUGUUUCUGCAAUGAAAUAGUGUAUCCAAACAUUCAAUCAUGUUUCUCAGAAGAGCUAUUCACCUCCGACCUACAGGAAAGGAGUCUGUCUUCAACGUCCUCAUUUGUCGUUUUACAAGUUAUUCAAGUUUCAUGAAAGAUGUUUGGUUUCCUAAACACUGCAUCAGAACCACAAGGACUUUUCACACCGCCAGCCGGCUGAAGGUGGCCAAGUUAUUAUCCCUCGAUGAGCUGUUCUCCAGGAGAUCCCUGCUGGACUACCUGGGAAAGAUGGAGUCGGAAUAUAGCGGCUUUUUGAGGGCAGUCAACAGCGAUGAGCAGGAGCAGAGUAAUGCGGAAGAGCUGAGGGCCAAGAGGACCAGAGUGUCCCUGCUGGCCCCCCUCAUCCAGACCAUCAGGGAGCUGGACGUCAAGCAGAAGGAGAUGAGUGAGAUGGAGGCGCUUCUCAAGGAUGAAGAUCUCCGAGAACUGGCUGAGCAGGAGCGGGAAGCCUGUUUACAAGACAUCCGUGACCUGAGGCAAAAGAUAUUAGAUCUUUUGAUCACGCAGGACGAGACAGAUCUGAGCGACCUCGUGCUGGAAGUGACGGCAGGAGUUGGCGGACAGGAGGCCAUGCUGUUUACUGCUGAGCUGUUUGACAUGUAUGAGGGAUUCGCUCGGCACAACGGCUGGUCCUUUGACGUCCUGGAACACAUGAACAGUGACUUAGGCGGACUGCGUCACGCCUCGGCGAGCAUCAGCGGCCGUCGGAGCUACCAGACGAUGAAGUUCGAAGGCGGCGUUCACCGAGUCCAGCGGGUCCCAAAGACGGAAAAGCAGGGCCGCAUGCACACCAGCACCAUGACCGUGGCCGUGCUGCCCCAACCCACUGAGAUCUCCUUCACAAUAAACCCUAAGGACCUAAGAAUCGAAACGAAGCGGGCGAGCGGCGCUGGGGGUCAACACGUCAACACCACGGAUAGCGCUGUCAGAAUAGUGCACCUGCCCACUGGUGUUGUGGCAGAGUGCCAGCAGGAGCGGUCUCAGCUCAAGAACAAGGAAAAGGCCAUGAAAGCUCUGCGGGCAAAACUCUACAGCUUGAAGCUGGAGGAGGAGACCAGCAAGCGCUACAAUCAGCGGAAAGUGCAGAUCGGCACCAAAGGAAGGUCCGAGAAGAUCCGCACGUACAACUUCGCCCAGGAUCGCAUCACGGACCACCGCAUUGGUAUGACGCUGCAUGACGUCAAGACGUUCCUGCUGGGCGAGGAUCUGCUGGACGAGAUGAACUCCUCCCUUCAGGAAUUCUCCAACCAGGAGGAGCUCAUGGAACUUUUGGGGGGAAACGGCAACAAGGAAGGAUGAUCAUGAGUUUGGAUUAAGUGUCUGUUUAUCAAUUCCAUGCUUGACAUUCACUUUUAAGGAACCUUAACAGUCAAUUACAAUUUUCCUCAGAUUUUGGACCUGGACUGCAUGAAUUUACUGUCAAUGCUCAAUUGAUAGAGUGGUCAUCUCUCAACCCGACCUCCCCCCCCCCCCCCCCUCCCUGGUUGCUUCUGAUGCUGCGUCAUCAGUAGGUGAAUGAAGAGUGUUAAAGUGUUAAAGCUCUUUGAGUACUUUGAAGGUAGAAAAGCGCUUUCCAUGUGAAAGCCCAUUUACCAUUACCAUUCACAAAAGUCAGCCACAUUGGUAUGGUCUGAUAUGUUGUAUCUAAUAUUGCUAAUUUCCGACACCAUUUCAUUUUGGAACUUACUCAAAAAAAAGGCCUUAGAAGUUACUAUUAAAGUAAGCUUAUUCUAGGAUAAAUAUACAGUAUUUGCCUUUGGAGCAUUCCCUGUCUGCUACAGUAAUAAUGCCAGUUUCAGGAUAACCUUAUCAUUUUAUACACGUAUGAAAUAAUAUGAGAAGACAUCAGAUGAUAGAAAUAAAUAAAGUCACAUCUAACUCAAACUGUUACAAAAUAAACCCAUGCAUUAAUAUUGCUGUCCAAUAAAAGUUAUUCUCGAUCUCCAUAUUCAAUUUUUAGCUCAUUUUGUAUUUAUGCUGAAAACAACAACAAUACACAACAGCAGCAUAUUUUCUUUGUGUGCUAACUGUUUUGCUGUAUGGGCUGAAUCACGAUUUUCUGAUCUUAUGUCUUAUUUUUUUUCCACUUUUGACGAAAAAAAACCAGCUCGUAA